AUGGAGGCCACCGCGCCCGCGCUCGCGCUCCAUUCGUCCCCCGCCGCCUCCCGCCGCUCGCCAGGGAAGCCAGUCUUCGGUUACCUCCACCGUGGUGGGCCCUCCACGGCCUCCUCCGUCCACCUCCGCGCGGCCCGGACCCCCGCCCGCUCUCCGGUAUGGAGAAGGCGGUGGAGGGGGAGCGGGCUGGUUGUGCGCGCGGAGAUGUUCGGCCAGCUCACCACCGGGCUCGAGUCCGCCUGGAACAAGCUGCGCGGCGUUGACGUCCUAACAAAGGAAAAUAUUGCCGAACCAAUGCGGGACAUUAGGCGAGCACUUCUGGAAGCAGAUGUUAGUUUGCCCGUUGUGCGACGGUUUGUUUCAUCUGUUAGUGAUAAGGCUUUAGGUGCAAAUGCUAUCAGAGGAGUCCGACCGGACCAGCAAUUAGUGAAGAUUGUGCAUGACGAACUUGUACAACUGAUGGGUGGAGAAGUAUCAGAUCUGGUAUUUUCAAAAAAUGGCCCGACAGUUAUCUUGCUCGCAGGUCUACAGGGUGUUGGGAAGACUACUGUUUGCGCAAAGCUUGCAUUCUAUUUGAAGAAACUGGGGAAGAGUUGUAUGCUGGUUGCUGCAGACGUUUACAGGCCUGCCGCCAUUGAUCAACUCACUAUACUGGGUAAACAGGUGGGUGUACCAGUUUACUCAGAAGGGACAGAAGCCAAACCUACACAAAUAACCAAGAAUGCUAUGGAAGAGGCCAAAAGCAAGAAUAUUGAUGCCAUUGUGGUAGAUACUGCUGGUAGACUGCAGAUUGAUAAAUCAAUGAUGGAUGAAUUGAAAGAAGUGAAGAAGGCUGUUAAUCCUACAGAAGUUCUGCUUGUCGUUGAUGCCAUGACUGGCCAAGAAGCUGCAGCACUAGUCACCACCUUCAAUAUUGAGAUUGGUAUCACUGGUGCUAUACUGACUAAAUUGGAUGGUGACUCCAGGGGUGGAGCUGCACUAAGUGUUAAAGAGGUCUCUGGGAAGCCCAUCAAAUUUGUUGGGCGUGGGGAACGAUUGGAGGACCUUGAGCUUUUCUACCCUGAUCGCAUGGCACAACGAGUUUUAGGAAUGGGAGAUGUACUCUCAUUUGUUGAAAAGACACAAGAAGUUAUGCGGCGAGAAGAGGCUGCAGAAUUACAGAAAAAGAUCAUGAGUGCAAAAUUCGACUUCAACGACUUCUUAAUACAAUCUCAAAAUGUUGCGAAAAUGGGUUCCAUGAGCCGCAUUAUUGGAAUGAUGCCAGGCAUGAACAAGAUAACUCCUGCGCAAAUUCGAGAAGCUGAGAAAAGACUUGCAUUCGUGGAGUCAAUGAUCAAUACCAUGACUGCUGAGGAAAGGGAGAAGCCAGAGUUACUGGCUGAAUCGCGUGAGAGGAGGAUAAGAGUGGCUGAGGAGUCUGGAAAGACUGAACAAGAGGUGAGCCAAUUGGUUGCCCAGCUUUUCCAAAUGCGUGCUCAGAUGCAGAAGUUGAUGAGUAUGGUGCAAGGGCAAGAAGCAAUAGCAGGCAUGGGAGAUCUCAUGGACUCGCUUAAAGCUGAAGAGAAGGCACCUCCAGGUACCGCACGGCGCAGGAGAAGGAAUAGCAAGCCCAAGCAGAGGGACGUGGACGCAGUUCUGAGCAUAGGAGUUGAAAGUUUUUGA